AUGGGAAGCACAAGAGUGACCAUAAUGCUCAUUACAAUGACGAUAGUGAUGGUGAUGGGGAACUUUGUGGCUCAGACACAAGCUCAAGACACACACUCUUUUAGAAAUUGUUAUCCCGGUUGUAUUGAUAGCUGCGCCAUUGAAAAAAAGUUACCAAAAUUACUUUUGUGUCCGUUCACUUGUCUUUUUACUUGUCUUGCUCCCCCAACAUCAAAUAUUUCUCCUCCUCAUUCUCAAAUGAUUUUGACAAAGGAAAUCAAUCAUAUUGAUUAUUUUUGCAAGCUUGGUUGUGCUACUCAUCAUUGUGCUUCUCUUUCUUCCCUCAGAAAUCCGAAUGUAGGCCAAGUUGCAGAUUGUGUGGAUUCAUGCUCAGACAAGUGCUCCAACAAGAACUAA